AUGCUGUCCAUGACAUACAGCGAGAGUCUGCGGAGUGUAAGCAGCAGAUGCCACUCAGACUGGACCCUGCAUCCAGUCCGCCAGACAGACACCCUGGAGCUGCAGCGGCUGAGGGAGGUGCGGGCAGCCGCCCAGGCCAGGAACAUGGAGACCUUCCUCCAAAUGCACGGCCUUUCCCUGGACGGCUGCACCGCCCAGCGCACGGGCAUGAAGUAUCGGAAUCUGGGCAAAUCUGGCCUUCGGGUCUCCUGCCUGGGGCUUGGAACAUGGGUGACCUUCGGGGGCCAGAUCACGGAUGAGAUGGCGGAGCACCUAAUGACCUUGGCCUACGAUAACGGCAUCAACCUGUUCGAUACGGCGGAGGUCUACGCUGCUGGGAAGGCUGAAGUGGUAUUAGGAAACAUCAUUAAGAAGAAGGGAUGGAGACGGUCCAGCCUCGUCAUCACCACCAAGAUCUUCUGGGGCGGAAAAGCGGAGACAGAGAGAGGCCUUUCCAGGAAGCACAUAAUCGAAGGACUGAAAGCAUCCCUGGAGCGGCUGCAGCUGGAGUACGUGGAUGUGGUUUUUGCCAACCGCCCAGACCCCAACACGCCCAUGGAAGCAGGGGACCCAUUUAGUUCCUUCAAGUCACGGACAUUCAUCAUUGAAGAGACCGUGCGGGCCAUGACCCAUGUCAUCAACCAGGGGAUGGCCAUGUACUGGGGCACGUCACGCUGGAGCUCCAUGGAGAUCAUGGAGGCCUACUCGGUGGCUCGGCAGUUCAACCUGAUCCCGCCCAUCUGUGAGCAAGCGGAAUAUCACAUGUUCCAGAGGGAGAAGGUAGAGGUCCAGCUGCCGGAGCUGUUCCACAAGAUCGGUGGGUACUGUCUUACCUUGCCGCCACUACCUGCAUCGGGAGGUCCAGGAACCUUCCCUUACCUGGGCUUUCCCCCUUCCCAGGGCUACCAGUGGUUGAAGGACAAGAUCCUGAGUGAGGAGGGGCGCCGCCAGCAGGCCAAGCUGAAGGAACUGCAGGCCAUUGCCGAACGCCUAGGCUGCACCCUACCCCAGCUGGCCAUAGCCUGGUGCCUGAGGAAUGAGGGUGUCAGCUCCGUGCUUCUGGGUGCUUCCAAUGCAGAACAACUUAUGGAGAACAUUGGAGCAAUACAGGUCCUUCCAAAAUUGUCGUCUUCCAUCGUCCACGAGAUCGACAGCAUUCUAGGCAAUAAACCCUACAGCAAAAAGGACUAUAGAUCCUAAGUUUACCCCACCCCACCCCCGUGCCCCACCCGGACAGUUCCCGGUUCCCUCCUCGUCUCCGUUCGCUCGCUUCUGCUGUUUCAAAGCCAAAUGCAGAGUGUGGUUCACAUCCAAGGGGAAAACGCUAUGCCCAGACGUCACCGGGAAUCAGUCUCCAAAGUCACCGCCAGAUGCCGCCUGCCGCUUCUUCGCUGGAUACUGUCCGACGGAUGCCAGGGAAUGGCAUCAGUUAGGGGGAUAUCCAGAGGCUCCCACCCAAGCCCACUACCUCUGCUUAUCCUUCAAGAAGAAACACUUGCCCCCAGCCAUGGCCCUUCGUGGAGAUUCUAGACGCCAUGGCUGGGUGGGGGUCUCAUUCUUAGAGCAGGAGGGGCUGCCAAGAACCCAUCUCAAAAGAGGGGUGUGCACCCUUCUCCCAGAGUCCUGGUGGUUAGAGCAGGGCCCUCCCUCUUUCCAUGGACACCAGGUACUUUGCUCAAGGCUGGCCUGGGAUCCCACUCUCCCCAGGCCUUGACCUGCCCCCACACGCCCACCGGGCCUUGGCUGGCAUUCUAGCUACGCAGCUGGCCCUUGGCCCCCCACCCUCACCCUUGCUGGCAGGGCCAGGGAUCCCAGCUGGCUCUCCCAGCAUCUUCCAACUGCUGAGCCCCACAGCAGGAAGCUCAGCAGGCUUGGAUGGAGCCCAUCGGAGGGAGUAUGCCUCUCAAGACAAGGCAAGUGUGGCAGCUGGCCCCACCGCAGGCAGGUGGCCGCAGGCUCGCAAGAUCAUAUUGCUCUCACGGACCUUCCUCUAAUACCUCUGCUGUACCGGGGCAGGGGGCUCAUGAUGUGGGCUUUGCCCGGGUGAAGCACUUAGUUAUGUUGCAAGCCAGGGGACUACGGGAGCAGCUCCAGUAAUAGUCUCCGUGACUCCUGGAAAAAAUGGCUAGGACCGCCCAUUCCCUUCUGCAUACCCUCGUGCUGGCCUGGGGCAGGAUGGGGAGGGGGAGUAGUGGAAAGGAUAGGCAGCCCUUUAUCAGUGGGAGCUGCAUGGAUGUUGAUGCCAGGAAGCCACAGGAUUGGUCAGUCCACGAUGCCCGGAGGCCCCAUCCCACGGUCUUGUGAUGCUCUGGGCGACAGGGUCCUACCCAGCUGGCUCCCUAGGAGACCAGCCUCCUGCCCUGCCGCACAGGCUGUGGCCAGCUCCCAGGCACAAGCCCUGGAUGCAUAGCAUCCUGGCUUUGCCUUCUGUAGCUGCUAUUCCAAGGCUGCUCCCUGCUGCUCUUAAGGCUGGGCAGAGGUGAGGACUGGGGGUCGGAGGGGGAGGGUUAUGGGGAGGAGACAGGAAGAAAGGCAGACUUGGUAGGUAGCUUCCUCUCUCUCCCACACAACCGCCCUGAAAACCCUGGGCUCUCUAACCUUCGCUGCUCAUAGCGCUGACCCCCGGAGACCUCAGAAGCAGCCCCGUGGGUGUGGGGAUAGAGGUCACUGGGCUCUGGUAGUUCCAUGCCUGGGCAGAGGAGCCAGCUUCCUGGACAGGGCCCUGCAGUGGCCUUGGCCCUGCUUGCUAGGUGGGCGGGGCAUGCAGGGAUGCCCGCAGGAGGAGCUCCUGCCUGCCUGUGAACCACACCUCAGAGCUAAGCUCCUGCUGGUGAUGUGCAAGAGACAGGGAAACAGGCUGCCGGGCUAAGGCCCACAGGAUAAACUGGGCUAAAGCCCACCGGAGCCCUGGAUACAGAAGACACGUUAACCGAGUGUUUCUGAGAGGUUGUCUUCCACACCCACUCUCGAAGCGUCGGGGAUCUGCUUCUUAAGCUUCUGUGGAGGGGUUUGAAGGAGGGGCUUGGGAGGCCAUGCAGAGCAAGUGCAGACAGCGGAUAAGUGGGGGCUUGCCCCAGGCCCUCAGAGGGUGUAAGGGCCGCUCCUUCCUCCAUGGCCUCUCCUUCCUCUAGCCCAGCUGCCUACAGGCCAGCCCAAGCCAGCUUCUCUUGACCUUGAAGUAGUCUGCCAGGCCUGGUGCAGGAGGAGGGCUCUGUAGAGGAUCUGGCACUCAGAGCCCAAGGUCCCCAGGCACAACAGGGCACCUGUGUGCCCGCUCUCCUCAUGUACAUACACAACGUGCUUUCUCUCCCCAUUUUUUUUUUUUUUUAACGAGCGUGGCUCCUCGCUAACUGCACCCCACCAGGCCGACAGCAAACACCUCCAGCUUCCCGACAGACUCAGACCAAGGUGUGGCCCGUAUUUAUGGAAUGGCAAAUAAAACCUGAGCACUUUGG